GCGGAAUUCUCGAGCCUUUCUAGCUCACGUGAUGAAGAAAAAAAUGUUGUUAUACCUUUCGCCUAAGCAACGACAACUACCUCUGCGCCAGUACUAGAAAGGAGCAGUUCUACCCCUACCCCCAUGAGCUAGUAGCCCCUUCCAGGCAGGGACCACUGUGACUAAAUGAACUCAGAUGUUUAUGGUGUCUAUCAGAGACAGCCAAUAAGGGUGACAUAUAAUAUCAAUAGAAAAGUGUACAAUGAAGAAGCAUUCCAACAAGAUCAUGACCAAAAGUUCCAUUCCCAAACCAGCAAGGAUUUUGACAGUUCUCGAACGAAACGUAAGAUCCAUUGCAGAUUCUCUUGGAAGAGGUUCAGGAAGAUUAUGCUCAGGCUAUUUCCCAUUCUAAACUGGGUCUGUUCAUAUCGCAUCACAGAAUGGAUUCUAGGAGACUUACAUGCUGGCAUAAAUGUAGGAAUGGUGCAGAUUUUUCAAGGUCUAUCAGGAAUAUUGUUAACUGGAUUACCACUACCAGUUUCCAAUAGUUUUUAUUCUGCAUUUUGCUGCUCUUUAUCAUAUGUAAUAUUUGGAACUUCUCGCCAUAUCUCUAUUGGCUCUUUCAGCAUCCUGAAUGCAAUGAUGGUAAACUUGCAGAAAGCCCUUAAUGUCAACUUUAAAUUUCCAAGUAAUGGCAGUCUGGCCAACUUCUCUGAUGACAAAUUUAUGAACAGCUAUAUGGAAGUGUUAACUCUUUCUUCAUCUACAACAUUCUUGGUUGGGAUUAUUCAGCUGCUUUUAGCCUUUAUUGGCUUUGGAUAUAUCAUAGCAUAUCUAUCAGAAACUCUCAUGAAUGCAUACCUCACUGCGGCAGCUUUGCAUGUCAUAUUAUCCCAGUUCUCCUUCAUCUUUGGGAUUGUAAUUGACUUUCAUUCUGGCCCUUUGGCAUUUUUUUAUAACUUGGUAUACUACUGUAUGGGUCUCCCAAAAGCUAAUUCUACCAGUAUACUGCUGUUUUUGCUCUCUCUGCUCAUGCUGAGGGUUAGUAAAUGCAUUAAGAUAACUUACAAACACUGUCCUGUUGAAUUUCCUAUGGAGUUUCUUCUGAUUACUGUAUUUACCAUAAUUUCUAGCCAAAUACCCAUGCAUACUGAAUCCAGUAUGGGAGUACUUACCAUGGUGCCUCAAAGCUUUCUUCGUCCUACAUUGCCUGACUUUUCAAAAUUGGGAAAGAUUGUAUUACAUGCUUUGUCCCUGGCAGUAGUGAGCUAUUUCCUUCUAAUUUUUGUGGGAAAGAAAUAUGCAGUUAUUCACAACUAUCACAUCAGAAACAACCAGGAGCUGAUGGCUAUUGGGCUAUGCAAUGUCUUCAGUUCAUUUUUUAAAAGUUUUGCAGUUAGCUGUGCUAUUUCUACAACAGUUAUUCAGGAAAAGACAGGUGGGAAAACUCAGCUUGCAGCUCUGAUUGGAGUUUCUAUUAUGCUGGCAGUGGUGCUACACCUGGGAUAUUACUUCCAGUUCCUUCCUAAUGCUGUUAUGGCAGCUGUUGUAUUGAUCAACAUGUUCCCAUUUCUUGAAAAAUUUGCGGAUGUCCCUUGCUUGUGGAGGCAAGAUAAAUAUGAUUUUGGAAUUUGGAUUGUGACCUUUCUGGCUGUAAUCUGUCUUGGUCUUGAUUUUGGUUUGGCAAUUGCUAUGGGAUUCACCUUUUUCAUAAUAAGUGUCAGGUCACACAGAAUGAAGAUGUCGACACUGGGUCAGAUUCCAAACACCAAUAUUUAUCGCAGUUUUUCUGAUUAUGAUGCGGCCAUCGAGGUCCAGGGGGUGAAAAUCUUUCAGUGCUGUUCCUCCAUUUCAUCUGCAAAUAUGAAAUAUUUCAAACGCUACAUUUUACGAAAGAUGAAUAUGAAGGCAGUGCCUCUUGAUGAAAAUGAGAUGAGAGCUUUGAUCUCUGUUAGCUUGCCUACUGCCAGAGGACAGAGCAAGGAUUUCAGUUGUGCCUGUGUCUGCGAUCCUCCUGAACCAUUACCCAGGGUACCUUAUACAGAGAAACUUAUCAAGCGAGUUCGGAGACCUAAUGAGUCACCAUCAUCUUCUUCUUUGGCCUUGAUACGUUGGACAAAAAUUGGUAGUAGAUAUGCUUCUGAGACUCGAUCUUUAGGGGUGCCAGGACAAUACAUCCAGUCCUCAGCUAUCAGAGAAAGGGCAUCUGAACAAGAUUAUGAAGGCACUCCUAUAUCAAGAUCCACAACUCAAUUGUACCCACUUGAUUCAGAUUCCUCAACAUACCUGAUCCACACCAUUAUUAUAGACUUCAGCAUGGUGCACUUUGUGGAUUUACAAGCUUCCUAUUUAUUACGUGCGCUUUGCCAUGUGUUUCAGAAUAUUGGGGUCUCAGUACUGAUAGCUGCCUGUCAUCCUUCUGUGAUAAAAACCUUUGAGAAGAAUGAUUUUUUUGACCAGUGUGUUACUAAAGCACUGUUCUUUCCAACUCUGCAUGAUGCAGUCCUCUUUGCUGUGGAGCCAACCCUCUUGCAACAGAACGUGGCAGUGGACACCAGUGUACAGCCAGAGGAAAUGUUUGCUGAAGUGCAUGUAGAAGACCAACGGGAUAGGAGGAGUCAGCACUCUGACAGGAGGAGUCAGCACUCUGACAGGAGGAGUCAGCACUCUGACAGGAGGAGUCUGCAGUCAAAUGGAAACAAGGAUAACACCUCAGUAAAAGCUAUCCGAAGUGAAGCUUCCAUUGAUGAACCCAUAUCAGAUAUUUUCCGUGCAUAUUCUCUCCAAAGUGAUGUAGCAACAGUCCCUCGCCACCAACUUGAAAUGUCUCCUUUUGAGGAUAAUGAAAAUGAUCAGAUCUGGGAGGAAGGGUGGGAUUUACCCAGUGAUGUCUAACUUAUAAGAUCAAAUGGAAUUGAUGACAUAAAAAGAGGUACAUAUGUAACACAGUUCAGGUUGUUCUCAUCAGUACUUUUUCUUUUUACUUUUUCUUUUUGAAUUAAAGUUUUUUUAAGCAGCUAACCAUUCUUUUGCUGACAUAACUGGGCGAAAUACUGCAGAAUGUAUGAAAUUUAUCAUAAGUGCAUCGAGAUAGAUAAAUUUUGCAGAAUUUUGACUAGCCAGUGACAUUUUCUAUAAAACUGGGAACCAUUAAUUAACUGUUCCUUUAAUUUCCAAAGCUCUUGUUUACUUUGCCAUGUAUAUAUAUCCUAUGCCUUUUCACAAUAUAUUUUCUAUUUUAGCUUCCCACAUGUAUAGAGAGGGGGUUGUCUCAUGAGAAUUUGUGAUGCUGCUGAACCUGAAAUUCUUUCCAUUAAGGCUGUUUUGUCUCAGACUGCUUGCAUUUAAAAGAAUAUGUCAGACAGGUUAGUCCCCAAGCACCACCACCAUGUUUCUCAAUCUGUGACGUCUGAUAUUAACAGCAGGGCACUUGCUACACUGAAUACAUCUUAGUCUUAUUUACAAGCAGACAACACAAACUGAGAAUAUGCUUUUCUUUACUAAACUGGAAUUUGGAUUACAUCAACCCCUUUUCCAUAUCAGUUAACUUUACCUGUAUUAUUGUAACUUAGCUAAGCUUGAGCAACAUAAUCUUUUUCUUGUAUUUCAGUUCUUACAUUGUUCAUCAUGUUACAGAGAAACAACUUUUCAUAAAAUAAAGUUUUAUUGAAUGCA